ACAUUCUUCACCUGCAAUCAUACGCAUCCAAACAUUGUUUUUUGGACCUCCAAGUCUUGGAUGGUGACAAGGACAGUUAGCUUAUCCACGCUUUCGAGAUGUGUUUCGGACCACAGGCCAGUAGAAACAUGGGGACUCUCUGUUCAAAGAUCUUCUGAAAAAUUUCAACAGGAAUCCAACGGCUGAUAGCGAAACUCCAUAAACUCUCUUACCUUCUUCUGAGAUCCCGGCAGAAGAUCGGCCCCCUGCUCCGGUGGUCAACUUAUCCACACCCAAAACCACCAAACGCCGCCUUUUUUUUUUUUUCCGGUGGGUGGCUUCUUGAGUUCUUUGACUUUCGAAAGCCUGACCCUGAAAUAUAACCACCUACUCUUCUGCUUAUUUAUAACUGAGACGCUCAGGCCCCCCACUCGGCAGCUGAGAAAGAUGGAGAUUGAAGGGAAGAGUGCUGACGCGGAAGUUGCUGCUAAAUAUUUUUCAGAAGAUGGCGAGGAGUGUAAAAGAACUGGUACUUUGUGGACAUGCAUCGCUCACAUAGUCACUGCGUUGAUCGGCGCUGGGGUGCUGUCACUGCCAUGGAGCGUAGCCCAGCUUGGUUGGAUCGGAGGCCCUUUAGUCAUGGUGAUCUUCGCAUUCAUCACGUAUAUAUCUGUUCAUCUGCUUUCAGAUUGUUACAGAUCUCCCGACUCUGUCACUGGCAAAAGAAACCGAACCUACAUGGACGCCGUGCGCGUAAACUUAGGGAAGAACCAGAUAUGGGCAUGUGGGCUACUGCAAUAUCUGUAUAUGUAUGGGAUUGCUGUAGCCUAUGUCCUUACUUCUGCAGGGAGCAUGAGGGCUAUACGGAAAUCAAAUUGUUUUCACUCGAAUGGGCACAAUGCUGAUUGCCAGUUUGGGAACACUUUCUACAUGAUCUUGUUUGGGGUGAUUCAGAUAUUGUGCUCCCUCAUCCCAGAUUUUAACAACAUGAGUUGGCUUUCUGCUGUCGCUGCAAUCAUGUCUGUCUUCUAUUCUACAAUAGGAUUAGGCCUUGGAAUUGCUAGAGUAGUAGAUAAUAAACGAAUUUAUGGGAAUAUUAGAGGAGUUCAAACGGCUACCACAGCGCAGAAAGUGUGGAGGGUCUCUCAAGCAAUUGGUGACAUAGCUUUCUCUUUCCCUUACUCUUUCAUCCUCCUAGAGAUUCAGGAUACCCUGAGGUCCAAGCCUCCGGAGAACUUAAUAGUGAAGAGAGCAUCGAUUGUCUCCAUUUCCAUAACAGCAUUGUUCUAUCUUUCUUGUGCCUGCUUCGGUUAUGCAGCUUUUGGGGACGACGCACCUGGAAACAUUCUCACUGGGUUUGGAUUCUAUGAGCCAUAUUGGCUCAUUGACUUUGGAAAUGCCUGCAUUGUGUUGCAUCUUGUUGGUGGUUACCAGGUAUUCAGUCAACCAGUGUUUGCGUUUUUUGAAGGAUUAAUAGAAAAAGUUUUUCCCAAAAGCAUGACGUUCCUAAAAAAGAACUACAGUAUUUGCCUCCCGUGUUUGCCAGUUUACCAUUUCAAUCUAAUCAGGCUGGUCUUUAGAACCCUGUAUGUGGUCUCCACAGUUGCACUGGCCAUGUACUUUCCUUACUUUAACCAAGUGUUGGGCAUCUUAGGUGCCCUUAACUUCUGGCCUCUGGCCAUAUAUUUUCCAAUAGAGAUGUACAUGGGGCAGAAAAGAGUGAGAUCAUGGAGUACCAAGUGGGUGGCCUUUGAGGUGUUCAGCAUCUUCUGUCUUCUCAUUUCAUUGUUUGCCCUGAUUGGCUCGGUUGAAGGACUUGUAAGAGCCAAACUUGGUUGGGCUUCAUGAUGUGAAAUCUUAGUGUAAUUAUUUCAAAUAAAUGUUAAUGAGGUCAUUUUUCAAAUAGCCAAUGGUGCCAUUUGAUAUAAUUUUAUUGUGUGUUCCAAGGGGCAGAUUCAUGAAACACUUUGUGAGUGUUUUGGCUGUCAAAUAAUAUUUCUGUUUGACAAUGAGAAUGGUUUGUCAUUGGCCCAUGAAUCUACCUCACAAUUAAAACAAAUUUAUGGAACAUUUUAUGGUAGGCCUUGAUGAAUCUCCUCAAUAUUUAAAGUAGAUCUGUGGAAUCAUUUCAUCGGCUCCCUCUCUAUCUUUUUGUCUCCUGCUAGUCUUGCUUUUUGUUCUUGUUCUUCUUUUUGCAUGUUUUAUGUUCUUGUUUUCUUUGCUAAUUUUUCUCCUAUUUUUUUUGCCCUUGUUAAUAUAAUCUCUGUUAAUAUAAUCUGGCAAUAAUCCGGCUAAGCCCCGAGAGAGACAGAGCCUGAAAGAAACCACGUUUACUAUCAAUCUUAAAACUGGUUAAUUUUGAAUUUAUGAAAGAAACCAGCCGACAGGCGUGCAUUCUUUUUGCUGUUUUUAGCUUAUUCUUUUUCCUGUUUUUAGCUUACCAUCAAUGUUAA